AUGCCGGGACGAGUAAUGUCAGUUGUUUUGUGCCGUCCGACGGUAUCCGGUGACAUGAUGCCAGUCGCAAUGGGAAAUUAUGAGAAUAUCGAGGAGGCGACCAAGUAUAAUGAUGUCAAAACCGCCGAAUGGUAUUCGGAAGUGAUAAAAUUGAUCAAAUCACGUGUGAGAACGUAUUUUAACAAUGAUGGAGUCAUUGAGUUGGAUGAAGGAUACCAUCUCUACUUCGUCGUCGUCAUCGAAACGUUCUCGACAAUGGUCUACUGUUGUGUGUCUGAAACAGGAAUGGAACUGGAAGAGGCUCUUGACUUUUUGAAUUCAAAAAUUCGAUCGAUAAUGUCAUCGUCGAACAUCCAAAUGGUGAUUUCUCAAUCGAAUCCAUACGAUUUGUUGGGACUCCUUCAACCCGAUAUUUUGAAGUUUAUUAAACAACACAACGACUCGUUCCCGAGUGCUCAUCAACAACGAAUGAUUGAUAUUCGUCGGCAGGUUGAUGAUGUUCGACAGGUGAUGGCUGACAACGUGGAGAGAAUAAUGGAACGAGGCGAGCGAUUGGAGAAUAUGGAAAAUCGAACGGAGGCGUUGAGAACAUCGGCCACCUCAUUCAAAUCCACCGCUCGUCGUGUCCAACGUCAUUUCUGUCAGAAGAAUCUCAAAUGGACACUGAUUCUUCUACUUGUCGUCACCGUCUUCGUCGUCGCUAUUGUGCUCACCAUUUUGCACAAGAAUGGAGUAAUUUGA